AUGAAACUAACAAAAUCAGAGUUUGUGCUCUUGGUCACAUUGGUGACAAUAUGGACCACCACUCCUGUGGUGGUAGGUGGUGGAAGAAUGCCAAAUCAAUACAGUGGCUAUAACCCAUCACCACCAUCCCAACCACCUCCGACAUUUCAGAGUCCACCACUUUCUUAUGCAAGUCCACCACCUACUCAAAGCUAUCAACCACCUCUAUCAUCUCAAAAUCCACCUCCCUCACAACAAAAUCCACCACCAUCUCAAGGCAUUCAACCACCUCCAUCAUCAAAAAGUCCACCAUCUUAUGCAACUCCCCCACCAUCUCGAGGCCAUCAACCACCUUCAACAUCUCAAAGUCCACCGUCUUCUCAAGGAUAUCAACCACCCUCAUCUCAAAUUCCACCACCAUCAUCUCAAGGUAAUCAACCACCACCAUUUCAAGGCCAUCAUCCACCUCCAAUAUCUCAACCACCACCUUCUCAAGGUUAUCAACCAUCCCCUUCGUCUCAAAGCCCACCACCACCAUCAUCUCAUGGUUGCCAACCAUCUCCACCGUCUCAAAGUCCACCGCCAACUCAUGGAUAUCAACCACCACCAUCUCAAGGCCAUCAACCCCCUCCAUCGUCUCAAAGUCCACCACCAUCUCAAGGUCAUCAACCACCUCCAACAUCUCAUAGUCCUCCACCUUCUCAAGGCUAUCGAUCACCACCAUCGCAAGGUCAUCGACCACCACCAUCUCAAGGACAUCAACCACCUCCAUCAUCAUAUAGUCCACCCCCUUCUCAAGGUUAUCAGCCACCUCCAUCUCAAAAUCCACCAUCUCCAUCAUACCAUAGUCCACCUCCACCAUCUCAUAGCCAUCAACCACCUCCGACAUCUCAGGUUCCACCACCUUCUCAAGGAUGUCAACCACCCCCGUCUCAAUGCCCACCACCAUUUGAAGCUGGUCAACCACCUUCAUCACAAAGUCCACCUUCACCAUAUCAAAGUCCAUCAACUAAUCAAGGUCAUCAAUCACCUCCAUAUCAAAAACCACCACCAUCACAAGGCCAUCAAUCACCUCCACCAUCUCUUAGUCCACCUCCUUCUCAAGGUUAUCAACCACCUUCAUCUCAAAUUCCACCUCCAUCGUCACAAAGCCCACCACCUUCCCAAGGAUAUCAAUCACCGCCAUCUCAAAACAAUCAACCACCUCCAUCAUCUCAAAGUCCACCACCACCUCAAGGUUAUCAAACACCUCCACCAUCUCAAAGUUGUCCACCUUCUCAAGGCUAUCAACCACCCUCAUCUCAAAGUCCACCACCACCUCAAGACUAUCAACCACCCUCAUCUCAAAGUCCACCGUCAUCUCAAGGCCAUCAACCACCUCCAUCAUCACUAAGUCCACCUUCUCAAGGUUAUCAACCACCUCCAACAUUUCAAAACCCACCACCUUCUCAAGGUUAUCAACCACCACCAUCGUCUCAAACUCCACCACCAUCUCAAGACCAUCAACCACCUCCAACACCUCAGAAUCCACCACCAUUGUAUGCAAGCCCACCACCUUCUCAUGACUUUCAACAACCUCCACGAUCAAAAUGUCCACCAUCAUCUCACCACCAUCAUCAACCACCCUCCCAUAAAAAAACGCCACCAGUAAGAUCAUAUCCACCACCACAAUCACAAGGUCAAUCUCCACCCUCAUAUGGUUUUCCAUCCCCUCCACCACCAUCUCCUAUACCAAGUCCACCAGCCUCACCUUACUAUUAUCAGCCGCCAUCUAGUCCAUACCAUAAAACUAUUAUGGUUUCAAAAUAUUAG